GGUUGCAAGACCAAACUUAUGAGCGUUUCACUUCUCAUUUUCACUUUGUAGCCGAACAGUCCCACAGUUCACUACAGAGAAAGAGCCUAACAAGGUAUGUUGAAAAACAAAAAGCAGUUUUCAACUUUAAAAGCAAUAUGUGACUUCAUUGUAAUUAAGACUGCUGAAAAAAAUCGAUUUCUAUUAAUGAAACUGGUUUGCUCCAAAACUAUCCGGAACAGGAAUUUCCUGAGUGUCAUGUCUGAAGAGAUGUUUAACAUUUCUCUGGAUUAUUCCUAUGAUGAAGAUGUUGCUCCUGACCCUGGCUUCCAGACAAUGAUGAAUAUUAUUGUAACUGUUUUCUAUGCGAUCACAUGUGUCCUUGGUAUCCCUGGCAAUGCCUUUGUCAUGUGGAUAGCAGGGAUGAAGAUGAAAAGAACAGUCAACUCCACUUGGUUCUUGAAUUUGGCCAUUGCUGAUUUACUCUGUUGUCUGUCCAUCCCCUUCACUAUCACGGAAGUACUUCUGAAUUACCACUGGCCAUUUGGCAAAAUCUUGUGCAAGGUGAUUCCUUCAGUUAUCGUGCUCAAUAUGUUUGCCAGCAUUGUCACACUCACCUUGAUUAGCAUAGACAGGUUUUUGCAGGUCAUCAAACCUGUUUGGUCCCAGAACCAUCGGACUGCAACUCUAGCCUCUCUACUUUGUGCACUUUCCUGGUUCUUGUCAAUGCUUCUCUGCUUGCCAAACAUGAUUUACAGAGAAACUGCUCAAGAUGAUUUUCUUUAUUCAAACCAAACAAGAUGCAUGAUACCUGAUCACUCUGUUAGAAAAACAGCUUGCAUGUUCAGGUUUGUGCUUGGAUUCCUGAUUCCUAUAUUCAUCAUUGUCUUGUGCUAUUCAUUUAUCCUGAGGAAAGUGAACAGCAGCCACUUCUCAGCUUCCCAGAAACCAAGGCAAAUCAUUGUUGGAGUCAUAAUGGCUUUUUGUCUCUGUUGGUUUCCAUACCAUGUUGUAGGGAUGAUGCUGGAGUAUGGAGGCGAAACAUCAGUGGUAGUGGCAAUGUAUCUCGAUCAACCGUCCAUUGUCCUGGCAUAUCUAAACAGCUGCCUAAACCCCCUACUCUAUGCAUUCAUAGGGCAGGACUUUAAGAAGAAGGUUAGGGUGUCUUUAAAGCGUGCUCUUCAAAUUGCCUUCAAUGAUACUUCAAUGCGUUCCAGCACAUAUUCCAAAACGGAGUUACCUCACACAUCAAAUUCAGCUGAAAUAUGUAUACCCUAAGAUGGAAAUGGUUUUGAUAAAUCGUGUUGAUUUCAGUUAUGUUUUGGUACAUUUGAACAAUUUAAAUGUUUUGGAAUAUACUGCUAGUCCUUUUUUUUUGCCUGUUUUUAGUAGGAAAGGAGAUUUAUUCAGCAGGCUGACUGUGGUAGGGUAUAUAGCUAUGUUGGCUAUGGAUGAAAUUUCAUUUUUUCUUAGUGAAUGUCAACAAAAAUAAUGUAAAGCUCAGUAUUUUUAUGCGCUAAUUUAUCCAGAAAGAUUUUAAAAUGUCUCGUUUCAUUUCAGCUGAUCAGCAUUCUUAAACAGCAAUGAUGUUUUCAGGUAUCCUUACUGUUUAAAUUGAAAGUAUAAGAAUAGUAAAAUGUGUUUGACUAAUUUGCAUUAGUGUUCUGUGUUUUUCCACAUACAUAGUCGCAAUGCAUUUAUAAGCAGUCAAUUCGGUAACUUCAUGAAUAAAACGACGUAGGCCGUCAUAUAGGCCGCUGCUCCCCGGUCGCCCAGAGGAGGAUGGGGUACCCUUCCGAGUCUAGGUUCCUCUCAAGAUUUCUUCCUGGUUGAGGGAGUUUUUCCUUGCCACUGUCGCCUCAGGCUUGCUUGGUGGGGUUCUGGUCGGUUAAAUGUAAAGUGCUUUGUGUCAAUGACUGUUAUUAAAAGCGUUAUGUAAAUAAAAUUGAAUUGAAUUGAAAGUUUUACAAGUGACCGCUUGAUGGCAGUAUUGUGUACGACUUAAUACGUUUUUUUUUAAAUGUUUUCAUCUAUUAGCUUAUAUUGUUUGAUGUCUUCAGUGCAUAGAAAAGCAAAUUGCUUCUAUUCAGAUUAUCUGCUAUUGAUAAUUACGAUUAAUUUAACCAUAGAUUUAAAAUUUUUGGGAUUUUUUUUUCUUCGUGGGUCAUUUUCCAUUUGGAGCCGGAAUUGAGGUGGACCGUGGAUACCAUCCAUCCAUCCAUCCAUCCAUCCAUUUUUCAAACCGUUUAUCCUACUGGGUCGUGGGGGGUCCGGAGCCUAUCCCGGAAGCAAUGGGUAUGAGGCAGGGAACAACGCAGGAUGGGAGGCCAGCCCAUCGCAGGGCACACUCACACAUGCAAUUUAGUAACUCCAAUUAGCCUCAGCAUGUCUUUGGACUUGGGAAACCGGAGUACCCGGAGGAAACCCCACUUUUUUAAGUGUGUUGGUGCACCUGCGAUCGAUGUCUCAAGAUAUUUUUUGACUUGUAAUAGUCAAAUAAAAUGCUUUUCCGUUUCUAUCCCCCUUUUAGCUGAUAGUUUUAAGCCUUUGCAUUUUCAUUAUUGAAUAAUGAAUAUGUGUAGGAAUCAGCAUUAUCAUAUGAGAAAAGUGCUCAUUGAAGGAGAUUUUUUGUGCAUGAAAGCUACCCAGGUGUAAUUUCUCUUGCUGUUUAGAUUUGUGUUAGAAAGUUGUGAUAUGGCUUAGGUGCUGCUAAUGGCAAUGCAAUGCAAUCUCAGGAACAAAAAUAAAAAAACCCACCGCUACCAGCUAUUACAAGGGGUAUGGUACAUUUACUAUAUUUCUUUCUACCGCUGCUUUGACAGCUGUAUGCAAAUAUUCUUUUCGUUUCUGUCAUAUUUUUUUGGUGUCUUUUUAUGUGUAGGUAUCUGGCAGGAAUGAUCGCAGGGGACUUUACAAGUAAAACACAAGCUUAAUGGUUUUACGGAGGAGGUCCCAUUUGUGUCUUUAGAUGCUAUGCAGUUUCAGCCAACUAUGCUAAUUCAAGUAGCGGUAUCAAGUGUCAAAAUCUACCUACAACCGCAGGAUGAGAUCACCAAAACGCACCAGACACCUGUUAAUUCAAAGCGCAGAACAGCAUUAUGGGAAGAUGACGAUCAAAAAUGGGGUGCCAUUUUGUUAUUCUGUUAAUUGUUUCUAAAUAUAUAUUUUUGUAAUUAUGGUUUGUUUUAAUAAUACAUUUGAAAUUAUUAGGGUAGCAUUUUUAUAUGCUACAUAAGUCUGCUGAUUUGGUACAUUUUUGUUCCCUAGCACUAACCCUUUGAACAAGGCACAUUUUUGUUUGAUUUCAUAUGAUCUAAAUGCAUAACCAAACAUUUACACAAUUGUUAAAGUUUUUCAGUUCAUGUGUACUGAAUGGGGGUAAUUCAUCUGUCAUUAUUUCCAGUUUUUGAACCUGCCUUCUGCAUUUUUUGCGCUUACUUCAAUAACUUGUUACUACAGACACAGCUCUGUUGCCGAAAACUUGGAUAUUGCUCCCAUUCAAAAAAAGCCUCAUGUCCUUAAAUGUUAAACAGAUAAGCCAUACAGAUGUUUAAAUGACACAGUAGUACCACAACAUUUUGAAUUUAAUCCUUCACUUGUGUUAUUGCUUUCCAAUAAUGAUAAAGACAAACGCAGUGAGUACCGUGUUGAGUAAAUCCAGGCAAUAAUUGCAUGAGUGGGGAGGUUCCUGGAUUAUCUGCAUGUAUUCAUGUUACAUAAACACCAACAACAAGGAAGAAUUUGUUCAGUAUUCAAAUCUAAACAUAUCUGUGUAAAAUAUCCUUUUUUGAAUGUCAUUGGAAUGUAAUCUGACAUUGAUGUGCAAUGAGAAACAAAUUAUAAUUGUAAUACCUAAGAUGCAAUAUAUAUAGGGGAGACUGCGGACGGUUGCAACAAGUCUUAUUUCUCCAAUUAGAAACAUGCUAGAGUGAAGAUACUCAUACUGCACAUGCUCAGUUAGGCCCUCUCUCCACCAGAGAGAAACUAUACAGUUUCAUCAUAUGCUGCUGCAUUUAUUGAAAAAUAACUGUUUUGAAGGUAUGAAAGUUUUUUUUUGACUUACUAUCCAUAGCUUUUAUUUUAAUUAAUCAAAACAUACCUAGUUCAAAUCAUUGUGGUGUUGACUUUUAAAAAGUAUUGUUAGCAUUAUUGUUAGUAUUGUUUCCCUGACUCUUUGAAUAGCUAGCACAUGGUGUUCUGUCAUGGCUGGUAGGUCAGGGACGGUUGCAACAACUUGUUGCAACCGUCCCCAAGCCAACCAGCCAUAUUGAAAUAGACUACAUAUCAUUACUUUUUAACAUUUGUAGUUCAGAAUCAGCACAUUUUCUUCAGUUGUCCCCUCCAGGGUCUCCGCCAACAGAGUCACUUGCAUUUGUGCCUUCUCCAACAAGAACACCUCCUCCAACUGAGCCACCUUCAUUCUGUCCAUCCCCAUCAAGACCAUCAGCCUCUAGGAUGAGUGAACCUACAGAUGACUUCUCACCUGAAGCUAUACGGCCACAUCCCAAAGCAGGACCCAGAAAACAAAGUACAGAGGGCAGGAAACGACGCUCUACUGCUAUUCUUACAGACAAUCCUGUGAAGGAGGCAUUAGAGAUGGAAAAAAAAAAACUCUGCCACAGAAAGCAAAAAAAUAAUAACAAAAAAGACAACUACGCAGAGAAGUAUAAAGAAAAUAAAGAGAAACAGAGAAGAAUACGAAUCUGAAGACGAAGAUGAUUUCUGCAUCGUGUGUCUUGAAGGUUAUUCAAAAUCCAGGGAAGUGUGGCUGCAGUGCUGGAUGUGCAAAUCCUGGGCACAUAAAGCCUGCACACCUGGAGGUGAUGUGUACACAUGCCACAACUGUGAAUCUGACUAAAAGAGUUGCAUUAUUUUAUAAUCUUGUUGUUCGUAGAAAGGUUCACUGGAAGCCAGUUCCCAAAAUUGUUCUUCUAACUGGCAGAUUUCUACUGUUAGUCAGUAUAGAUGUGGGGUACUUUAUAUGAGGGGUGAUUAGCCACUGUUUAGGAAUAUCUAUGCAACUUUAUUUGGGUUGUAAUUGAUAUUCUCAGUAUUGUACAAUAAAUGUAUGUUUAAAUACUGUUAAUUAGUAAGAAUUAUAUUAUAAUUGUUCUAGUAACUGGCAGAUUUAUCCUGAGAGCCAGUAUAAUUGUUGGGGUGACUUUAAAUUCACUUUGUAUUCAAUAUUUUUUUACAUGUUUUAAAGCAGAUCCAUGUUUGGACAAUAAAUGCAUUUUUAAAAAAUCCCGUGUGACAUAAUAAUACAGAACUUUCAAUAUGAAUAAAAAUCUACUUUAAUAUUAUUGUAUAAUUGUAGAUUUACACAGUACUAUGCAAGUUCAGAGAAAAAGCAAAGGUUAAUUAUUGAAAUUUAAUAUAUGUUUAACAUGUUGCAACCGUCCCUUAUAUAUGUUGCAACAUUGGGGACGGUUGCAACAUCUGACUUCUUCAGUUCAAAUCAAUAUUGUGCAGGAUAUGUAAAAUAUAAUUACCUACAAGUACUGUGGGUAAUUAGCAGACAGAUGUAAGUUUAUAGUAUACAAAUUUGGCUGGUGUCGUGCAAACAGUCUCUAAGUAAAUGAGAGGAAUGCAAACAGUGUUGCAACCGUCCCCAGUCUCCCCUACAUAUCUAAUACAAUAUAUAAGGUGCAUAGAAAAGUAAA